AUGUCAAGGAAUCGCGGAGACAUCACUUAUCUCGACAAUGGAAAAUGUACCGAAUGUGGCAACAAAUACGCCAAUUGUGCCAUGUGUAAUGAGACGGAAUGUCUGGGUUGCAACACUGAUUUUAGUUUGAAUGAUAAAGAAUGUGUUGAUUGUGUUGGGUUAUUUGGUACAUGCGACUCGUGUACAAACGACGAAUGUUUGCAUUGUAAAGAAGGAACUUCUCAAGUUGGGUACGGUUGUUAUAAUUGCAGUGAACACGACACAAAUUGUGUUGAAUGUGACAGUUCAAAUUGUUUGAAAUGUAAAAUGCCAUAUACUUUAAAUGGUGAAAAUUGCUUUGAUUGUUCUGAUUUUAAGAAUUGUGAGACUUGCAACACCACACAAUGUGUCACUUGUAAAAAAGGUUAUGUUAAUUUGGGUAAUGUUUGUGUAGAAUGUCGAACCAUUUCCAAUUGUUCAGAAUGUGACCAAACAUCAUGUAUAUCAUGCAAUUUGAAAUCCUUUUUGAAUGACAAAACGUGUAAAAAUUGUAUUGAGAAUUGCGACGUUUGCAACUCUAAAGACAGUUGUUCUAUUUGUUCUGUAGAUUAUAGAUACAAUGAAACAUCACACAGUUGUGUUAUUUGUUCCAGUGGAAAUUAUGUACACCAAGAGUAUUGCAGACCAUGCCCGAGUGAAUGUACAACAUGUGGUUCUGCUACACAAUGCACAAGUUGUGUUGAUGGCUAUUUUGUGAACACUGAAAAUAAUUGUGUUAGUUGUCUCACAAGAAAUUGCGUUUCAUGUGACUUGACUAUGUGUACAACAUGCACCAACGGGUAUUAUCUCAAUAACCGAGUUUGUGAAGAGUGCUCAACAAUUGAUGAGAAGUGCACAACAUGUAGUUUUAUUGAUAACUCACCACAUUGUGAUUCAUGUGAAAAUGGGUAUUGGGUUGAAGAAAACAAAUGUGUGACAUGUGAAGGGUGUGGUUCGCUUGGGUGUGAGUACAUCAGUGCGUUGUGUUAUAACUGCCCAAAUCAGAGUCAAGUUUUGGUGUCGGGGAAGUGCGUGACUGUAGAAGGAUGCAAAGUUGUUGAAAACAACGAAUGUGUUGUUUGCGACGAUAUGUACGUAAAAAUAGGGAGAAGGUGCAUUAAGACGCAAACGGAGACAACAAAAGGUGUGAUCAAAUUCAGAAAGUUCUAUGUCAGUUCUAUUGAUGUCAAUUGCACCAUAUUUACAACCGAAGGAUGUGAGAUUUGUGAUGAGGGGUAUUACCAUUACGAAAGUGUGUGUCUGAGAUGUGAAGAAAUCUAUGACAAUUGUGAGAAAUGUAGUGUUAUCACUUUGAGCAAUUACAAUCAAACGAUAUGUUCUGUCUGUAAACCAUCAUAUUACCCAGAAAUAUCGUGUCAUGAGUGCACAUUGUUGAAUGGGUGUUCUGAAUGCAUCAAUUAUCUCACAUACAAUGAAACUUCAACAAAAAAGUGUACAAAAUGCAUGGAUAUGUUUAUCAACAACGUUGGCGAAUGUGUCAAAAUAGCAAAAUGCCUUCAAGGUGUCGGUGAAAUGUGCACAUUAUGUGAAAAGAAUUACUUGGUGUCUGAAGGUCGAUGCAAGCCAUGUGGUGAUGUUGUAAUUGGGUGUGAGACAAGUUUUAAAAAUGAAUGUACUUCGUGCGCAGAAGGACAUUAUAUUGACUCAAACAAACAAUGCAGCAAAUGCUCAGUAGAUAACUGCUUUGUAUGUGCUCAAGAUGGUACUUGUGAUACCUGUGUAACCAACACAACCAAGAAUUCCGACUCUUCUAAAUGCUUGUCAUGUUCCAUUUUAAAUAGAUGUACUUUGUGUGAUAACACAACCCCUAAUAAAUGUUUGUUGUGUGCCCAAAAUUACUUCACAAAGAAUAAAUUGUGUGAAUCAUGUUCAACUCUCAAUAAAUGUAUAAGCUGCUCUGAUGAACUCACAUGCCUGCAUUGUGUCGAUGGAUAUUAUCCAGACGAUGGAAAGUGCAAGUCGUGUCUCACAAUCAAUGGGUGCAAAACAUGUUCGUCAACAUCAAAGAAAUGUCACACAUGCAAAGAUGUGUAUUACCUCGACAACGAGUGUAAAUUGUGUAGUGAAGUUUUCAGUAACUCUGCCACGUGUACAUUGAAAAAAGUUCUAUCGUGUCAGCCACACUACUUUUUGAAGAACAAUCGAUGUGUUGGGUGUGACGCAUUGUUUGGUUGUUCAGAGUGUGAAAAUGAAACAAUGUGCACAAAAUGCAACGAUGGACUCAAUUUGUACAACAAUGGAAGUACUCAAAUGUGUUCUCAAGAUUGUGACAUUACAAAAUGUGUUAAGUGUGAUAUCAAUGGAAUUUGUGAAAUGUGUGAAGAGCCAUACACUCUCGACAUAGCAACCAACAAAUGCAAUUUGUGCUUCGAUGAACACCAAAAUAGUGGAAAAUGCUCAACAACAGAAAAUUUGAUUGAAUUUUGUGAAUCAAAAAGAUUUUAUUUAAAUAAUGGAAUGUGUCAACAGUGUAACACCACAUUGAGUAACUGCGUUUUGUGUGACAAUUCAUCAACUUGUAUAUUAUGCUCCACUGGAUUUUUGUUGGAUGAAAACAACAAUUGUGUUGCAAAAACAACUUCUAUGAGCAUUAAAUUAGCAACAAACUGUGAACCCAAUUGA